UUCUCUCUCUCUCUCUUUUUUUUUUUUACUGCGUCUUCACUUAAAAGAGCGAAAGUAAUCGGACUCUCUUUUCGUUGUGUUUUCCUCUCUAUCUUCUCUCUCUGAUCGCCGGCUCUCGAUUCUUCUAUCGCGCUCUCUGCCGGCGAGAUCUCCGAUUAGAAAUUCAGCCAUUUCCUUAGUGAUCAAGCUAAAUCUUUAUGGGGACCGAAAAUCCUAAUCGUCCAAACUAUCCAUUAAGACCAGCUGCAACACCCUUUGCUUCUCAUCAAUCUUCAACACCUUUCUUGUCGUCUGGUCCUGUUGUUGGAUCAGAAGCACCUGUCUUUAGGCCUGGACCUCCUGCGGCCUCGAAUUUUCAAGCACCUCCCUUUUCUGGAGGACCUUUGGUUGGAACGGAGGCCCCUGCCUUUAGACCCCCUCCAAGUAGAUCUAAUGAAGUGGUCCGCCCACCUCCUCCACCAUCCUCUUAUGGCCCACCUACUUCAGGAUUUCAGAGUUUCCCAAACCCCCCAGUGCCCUCAGCUGGUAAAGUACUACCUCCUCACAUCUCUCUUACAGGUCAGCCUGCUAUAGCUCCACCAACCAGACCUCCUCCAGGUUCUGCUUCUCUUUUGUCACAGCCCCAGCCACCUUUGGUAUCCAUGGGAUCUCCGCCUCAAAGCAUAAAAACUGGACAACCUAACCCAAAUAUCCCUCCUCCUGCAGCUCAACACUUCUCAGCUCCCAGGCCAAGUUCCCAGCCUUCUUCCCCACCAACUGGGACAUCUUAUGCAGCUGGCAGGGGUACCUAUCCAGGGUAUGCCAAUAUGCAACCAAAUUCGGCUCCCCAAGCUCCAACUAUGCAGCCUGCCUCCUUUCAAUCGCAACAAGGAGGUUAUGGUCCACCUAUGCAGCCUGCCUCCUUUCAAUCACAACAAGGAGGUUAUGGUCCACCUGUGCAGUCUGCCUCCUUUCCUUUACAACAAGGGGGCUAUGCGUCACAAGCGCCUCCAACUUCUCUUCUAGCUCAACAAAGAGGUUAUGCUCCUGUUCCACCUGUUUCAACUCCAUCUGGCCUCUAUCCUGGGAACCAGUUCCAGCAACAUGGCAUAGCACCUCCAGUUGCUGCCCAACACGGUUUGGCUGAAGAUUUUAGUUCACUCUCUCUUGGAUCUGUACCAGGAUCGUUUGAUGCAGGACUUGAUAUCACAGCCUUACCAAGGCCAUUAGAUGGUGAUGUGGAACCCAAGUCUUUUGCUGACAUGUACCCAAUGAAUUGUAAUUCUAGAUUCUUGCGACUAACAACAAGUGGCAUACCAAAUUCUCAAUCAUUGGCAUCGCGGUGGCAUUUGCCUAUGGGGGCUGUUGUUUGCCCUCUGGCAGAAACUCCUCCAGGGGAGGAAGUUCCAAUAGUUAAUUUUGCCACAACAGGAAUCAUUAGAUGUAGAAGGUGCCGUACUUAUGUGAACCCAUAUGUCACAUUCACAGACAAUGGCAGAAAGUGGAGAUGCAAUAUAUGCUCAUUGCUAAAUGAUGUUCCAAGUGAGUAUUUUGCCCAUGUGGAUGCUAGCGGCAGAAGAGUUGAUUUGGAUCAAAGGCCUGAACUAAUAAAGGGUAGUGUUGAGUUUAUCGCUCCAGCUGAGUAUAUGGUCCGCCCUCCAAUGCCACCACUGUAUUUUUUCCUCAUCGAUGUAUCAAUAUCUGCUGUUAAAAGUGGAAUGCUCAAGGUUAUGGCACAAACUAUUAGGUCUUGUCUGGACAGCUUACCUGGUUCUACACGAACACAGAUUGGCUUUAUAACUUAUGACAGCACCAUACAUUUCUAUAACAUGAAGUCAUCAUUGGAGCAGCCUCAGAUGAUGGUUGUCUCAGAUUUGGAUGAUAUAUUUGUUCCAUUACCAGAUGAUCUUCUAGUCAACUUGUCAGAAUCUAGGGGUGUGGUGGAGGCAUUCCUUGAUAGUUUGCCCUCCAUGUUCCAGGAGAACAUGAAUGUUGAAUCCGCAUUUGGUCCAGCUCUCAAAGCCGCAUUCAUGGUUAUGAGUCAACUUGGCGGUAAAUUGUUAAUCUUCCAGAAUACUCUACCAUCUCUUGGUGCUGGCCGCCUGAAACUGCGUGGGGAUGAUAUUCGAGUUUAUGGGACAGAUAAGGAGCAUACUUUACGGUUACCUGAAGAUCCAUUUUAUAAACAGAUGGCUGCUGAUUUCACUAAGUAUCAGAUAGCUGUAAAUGUAUAUGCGUUCAGUGAUAAGUAUACAGAUAUAGCAUCUUUGGGAACACUGGCAAAGUAUACUGGUGGCCAGGUGUAUUAUUAUCCAAAUUUCCAGGCUAGUAUCCAUGAAGAAAAGUUGAAACAUGAGCUAACUAGAGAUCUUACAAGAGAGACUGCAUGGGAAGCGGUCAUGCGGAUAAGAUGUGGAAAAGGAGUACGUUUCACAUCUUAUCAUGGGAAUUUUAUGCUAAGAUCCACAGACUUACUCGCACUUCCUGCCGUUGACUGUGAUAAAGCUUAUGCAGCACAGUUGUCUCUUGAAGAGACACUGUUGACUACCCAAACUGUGUACUUUCAAGUUGCAUUAUUAUAUACAUCAUCUUCUGGAGAAAGGCGUAUUAGAGUACACACUGCAGCUGCUCCAGUUGUUGCAGAUCUAGGAGAGAUGUACCGCCUGGCUGACACUGGAGCAAUUAUUUCUUUGUUCUCCAGGCUAGCAAUUGAAAAGACUUUGUCAUCCAAGUUGGAAGAAGCUCGGAAUAGUGUUCAACUUCGUAUUGUCAAAGCUCUAAGGGAAUAUCGAAAUCUUUAUGCUGUUCAACAUCGCUUGUCUGGAAGGAUGAUCUACCCCGAGUCACUAAAAUUCUUACCAUUGUAUGCACUAGCAUUGUGUAAAUCACUACCCCUCCGUGGUGGGUAUUCUGAUGUGCAGCUUGAUGAGCGAAGUGCAGCUGCUUACACCAUGAUGGCUUUACCAGUUAAAAGUUUGCUGAAACUUCUGUAUCCUAACCUGGCUCGUGUGGAUGAGUGUCUUGUAAAAACUGAAGAAUUUGACAUCAAAAAGAGGCUUCCACUAACUAUAGAGAGCUUAGACACCAGAGGUCUCUAUGUCUUUGAUGAUGGUUUCCGGUUUGUCGUUUGGUUUGGCAAAGCGCUUUCACCUGACAUAACUAAGAAUUUGGUCGGGGAAGAUUUUGCCACAGACUUCUCAAAGGUUAGCCUUUCCCAAGGAGACAACUACAUGUCUAGAAAGAUAAUGGAGAUUCUUAAUCAAUAUAGGAAGAGCGAUCCAUCAUAUUUUCAGCUAUGCCAUCUUGUGAGGCAGGGUGAUCAACCUAGAGAAGGUUUCUUUCUACUCACAAGUCUUGUGGAGGACCAGAUUGGUGGUGCCAAUGGUUAUGCUGACUGGAUGUUACUGCUUUAUCGGCAAGUCCAACAAAAUGCAUAAUAAUUGGGGAGUUUGAUCUUAUGGUCAUGUGAAAUUUUUGAAGCAAACAGUAGCUCAGCCCUCAAGUUGAUGAAGGGAAUGCUUUUGAAGGCAAAUAAGAAAAGAAGAUAUAGAUGGUGAUGCUGUGUCUGUAAAUUGUGGAUCACCCGAUCUUGAGAUGAAAUAUGGUUUUGUAUUGGAAAUGGAUUCAGGAGUAGCAGAUAGCUAGCAGAUCGGCCUUUCCUCUUGGUGUUAAUAGUUCUGGAAAAUGCAUCCAUUAAUUAACUAUUAUAUUCAUCACUCUUUUCGGUUGGAACUGGUUUUUUGGGUUUAUAGAUUUUUACUUUUCGGUGUAAUCUCAUGCCAUUUUCUUUUUGUAAUAGACGACGCCCUUUUUAGAUGGAUUUAGGGAUGUGUAUUUAGAUUAUAUUCUUUAAGCAUUUUGGUUGUAUUUGGGAUAUGCCUCGCUUGUUAAUCUUUUGCCUUGUCUAAUAUUAGUAUUCUUUAAAGUUGAGACAA